AUGAGUUGGAAUGAUAUUUACAAUAGAUACAGCAGGAAGCUGCAGAUAGAAGAAGAUACCAUCACUCAGUCUCAAAAAGAGGAGAGGGUAAGUUCAAGAUGUGCUGAAACUGGAAAAAGGUCCGGUAAAAAUAGGUACGAGCCCUACAUGGGACCAGCAGAAAGAGACUCGCGUUCAAACACAUCAGAGUUAGUAGCAGUAUUAAGAAGCAUGGGAGAUAAGGUACGAUGGCCAAAGGAAAUGAAAUCAAACCCGAAUAGGAGAAAUCCUGAUUUUUGGUCUGAGUUUCAUAACGAUCAUGGUCACAAAACGGCGGAUUGUAGAUUGCUGCAAGGUGAAGUUGACCAUUUGUUAAAGCAAGGAUAUCUAACCGAAUUGUUUAAUGAAAAAGGUAAGCAAGCGUAUAUAAAGUACAGGCAGGAGCCCCCUAAACCCCCUUCACCAAAAAGGACAGUUAAUGUCAUAAGCAGAGGAGAAGAAAUUAAUGGCAUAACAUAUACGGCAGCCAAGAAUGUUUCAAAAAUUACAGGCACACACGGGAAGCGAGUUCAACAUGUUUUGGAAGAAGAAAGUAGCUCCGUGAAUAUCAUUUUGCUAAGAGUGGUAAACAAAAUGCAAGCUGAAGAUAAGCUGAUACCCAAGGCGCACACCUUAUCUGGUUUUGACAACUCGAGCGUCGUAACAAAAGGGGAGAUAGUACUCACCAUAUUCGUAGAAGGAGUUGUUAAAGACACGAAAUUUCAGGUGGUAGAGAUUGACAUGGCUUAUAAUAUGAUUCUCGGUAGACCAUGGAUUCACGGAAUGGAUGUUGUGCCAUCUACCCUGCAUCAAGUUAUUAAAUUCCCUUCACAACGGGGAAUACAACAAAUCUGUAGUGAUCAGCAAGCAGCUAGGAGCAUCAAUUCCGUAGCAGAUUCAAGCACAAAAACAAUGAAAAAUAGCAAUCACAGAAUCCAGUUGAGGAUGCUGCAACACAAGCCCCAACUGAACACGAGCGAACAGAUGUAG